AUGUCUCGCUCUACCCGGUCAUCGAUGACUUCGUCCUCCACUAGCAUGUCGACCAAGACUCACACUACGUCUACUACUACGACUACCAAGCACAUGAAGAGCACUAUGACUUCCUCUGCCACAGCAACUACAACCUCCAACGCUGCCGGAAUUAUCCUGCCCCCGAGCCAGGCCGGCAGUCUGCUUCUGGGUCUCGUUGCCCUAGUUCUGUAG